UAUAAACUGGUGGUUACUGGAGCCUCAGGGUCAACAACACAACAGGUCGUCACGGUAACAGUGAUGAGUGAGGGUGGUGAGGCUAGUGAGGGGGUGGAGGGGGUGAACUACGCCGCCAUACCUGUGACAGAGUUUGGAGCGUACGUGGCUGACCUCCAUGCUGGCAGCAAUAAGAAGUUCAAAGAUCUUUACAAGAAUUUGGACAGUGGGGAGAGGGGUCAUCCAGUGAUUAUUUCAGUGACUCCUGAGAACAAACUCAACAACAGAUUUGGCAACAUUGCUGUGUAUGAUGACAACCUCAUUAUCCUAGACCCCAUCCCUGGACAAGAGGACUGUCAGAGUGACUACAUCAAUGCCUGCUAUGUAGAUGGAUAUAAGAAACCUAAAAAGUUCAUAGCAACACAAGGACCACUGCCAGGAACUCUGGUGGACUUCUGGCGUCUCAUGUGGCAGGAGAGACCACCCAUAAUAAUCAUGCUCACCAACGUCAUGGAGAACAACAAGAUCAAGUGCGAACAAUACUGGCCAGAGUCUGGGAAGAAGCAGUUUGGACCAUUCACAGUGGCCAUUACAGAUCAGCAGAUACUGGCUGACUACACCGUCAGGACACUGGAGGCUUCAUUGGAUGGAGACCGCCGUGUGCUGAGAGUCAAGCUAUUCCAUUUCACUGCCUGGCCUGAUCACGGUGUGCCUGACUAUGCUACGCCCAUUCUUGGGUUCCAUCGUCGGGUUAAGUCUCAGCACAAGCCAUCGAAAGGUCCUAUUCUGAUCCACUGCAGUGCUGGUGUGGGACGCACAGGCACUUACAUUGCCAUUGAUAAUGUCCUCGAUCAGAUCUCAGUCGAUGGUCUCAUCGAUAUUUCUGGUACUAUUAUCAAAUCUCGCAACCAGAGGAUGAAGCUUGUACAAACACAGGACCAAUAUGUGUUCAUCCACGAUGCUAUCCUGGAGUCAGUGACGUGUGGAGACACUCAGAUCAGUGCUGGAGAUCUGCGCAGACAAAUACAGAAGAUGUCAUCAGUGCUCCCGGGAAAACCUAUCUCAGAUUUCCAAUACCAGUUCCAAAUUCUGGAACAGGUUACUCCAAAUCCUAAAGAAGUUCGAAGUCCUAUUGCUGUUAAGAAUGCUGCCAGGAACAGGAACAUGGAUUACCUGCCACCUGAGACCAGUCGUGUGAUUCUGAAGGGAGAGCAACCUGACUACAUUCAUGCUGUGUUUGCUCAUGGCUACAAGCACCAGAAGGCAUACAUCAUUGCCCAGAAUCCACUGGACUCAACUGUGCGUAACUUCUGGAAGGUGAUCUUUGAAAGGAAGUGUGCGGCUGUUGUGAUGUUGACUCCACUCAGUGAGAAUGGGAAGGAGGCAUGCUCCCAGUACUGGCCAGAGAGUGGCAAUGUCACCUCCUUUGGUGAGUUCACCAUCGAUAACUUGGGGGAGGAAACCAACACUGGGUUCGUUAUGAGGCAACUGAGCGUACUCAAUGAAAAGACCCAAAAGGCCCAUCAAUUAACUCAGUUCCACAUCACUAACUGGAAUAGCAGUGGAAAGUGUGAGAACCUCAAGACUGUAACUGAUGUCAAUGAGGAGGUUAUAAAGGUUCAAAGGAGGACUGGAAACAACCCUGUGCUGGUCCACUGCAAUGACACUGCGACCCGCUCUGGUAUGUACUGCUCUGUAGGUACUACCAUUGACCGUUGCAAGACAGAGGGAGUGGUGGAUGUGUUCCAGGUGGUCAAGGCUCUCAGGGUCCACAAGCCAGGGGCAGUACCCUCAGUCGACAACUACAAGGAUCUGUUUGAUGCUACUCUGGUCUACUUGGACUCCUUUGACAACUAUGCCAACUUCCAAGAUAUUUGAUGUACAUGAACUAACACAAGAAAUGAACAAAUCGUGUGAACUCCGUUGAGUAGAUUUUGAAGGAAUAAUUUAGAGCUCUUUAUUUGUAUAAUCACCGAGCACAGCUGUUUGUUAAUCACCCUGAAUUCAAUGAAUGGAUAUAACAAUUUGA